GUAGAACCCCAAUGUCCUCGACGCUAUCUCCCCCGACGUUGCGCUGGCUGCAGCAGACAGCAGGCUCGCUGCCAUACGCCCAACGCCCCCUUGUUAUCCAGCACGUCGCAGACGCGCUCGGUCGAUACGCGACGCUUCACAUCAAGUCCGAUGUGUAUACCUACGAUGACGGACGGAGCCAUCUGCUGCUAUGUGUGCAUGGCCUGCUCCCAGUGACCUUUAGAGGCGCGACGUACAACAUCCCGCUCUCAGUGUGGAUCCCCCUUGACUAUGGCUCGGCGCCGCCGCUCGUAUAUGUCGUUCCCACUACUGGGAUGCUGGUCCGGAAGAGUAGAGAUGUGGAUCCAAGCGGACUAGUCGAGGGCGAUUACGCCCGAAAUUGGAUGAGGAAGAGUGAGGGUUGCACGCUGGUCGGACUGCUAGAAAGCCUGCAACACCAGUUUGGCCUUGAGCCGCCAGUAUACGCGAAGCCGCCCAGCCAUCCCACGACACCCCAGGACCAACAACGAUCCCCGCAUGCAACACCUCCCCCGCCUCCGCCUCGUCCGACACACGCUCUGCACCCGUCUCUCGGACAUAUACACGCCCGUACCAACUCGACCUCGAUACCCCUACAAUCGUAUCAGCCCGUCCCGCCAUACUCUGCCUCACCAUCUACCAUCAGUCCAGUGAACACCGGAGGACCACCCGUACCAGUUUAUCGCGAUGGACCACCUCCCGUACCGCCAGUUCCGCAGGGCGCGAACCCGAUACAGAGGAUCGCGUCCCCCGCGCAGUCACGGCCAUCGUCCAUGUAUGAUCCCCGAUCUCCGCCUCCUCCCGCUGUCUACGCUCCUCCGCAAGCUGGCUCGUCGCCUCCCCCACCACCUCCGCGACCCCAUCCGCCAUCGCAAUUGCAUCCUUCCCCUCCGCCACCACCACCCAGUGCGCACCCGGACUAUGCUCAGCAGGUGCCGCCAUAUGUGCCCUCGCCUCCACAUCUGGCACCAGCACCUGCAUUAUCCCCCGGGCCUCCGCCGCCUCCCUUACCGCCUCAGCAGUACGUUUCAGGGGCUCCACAGCAAUACACCCCAGCGCCCGGCCCCUCGCAGCAGUAUCCGCCACCGCCAGCACCUCCGUUGCCCUCCUACUCUGCUCCACCUCCGACCCCUACACCCGCCACACCAGCACCCCAUAUACCCCCUCCAGACCUUUUAGACGAAGACGACGACGGGCCAUCGCCAUCAACGCCGGUUCAACCCGCCGCUCCUGCGCCUCCGCGCCCACCCAACCCACAGUUGCUUGCGCUGCACGCGUCCGUGCAUCAGGCGCUGCAGAACGGGCUGGCGGGACUGGAAGCGCAACACGCAGGCGAAAUGGAGCGCAUGCGUAGGGCGAAGGAGGGGCUGGAAAGAGGUGCAGCCGCCAUCGCCGACGAGCGAGGUCGAUUGAUCGCGGUCAAGUCGGUAUGCGACGGUGUUCGCGAGCGGUAUGCAGGUGUCGUUGCGGAGGCCGAGCGACGGCUCGCGACGGCGAAGGCCAAGGAGGUCGGCGUUGACGAGAUGGUGUGUGGGGCGGGGAUACUGUGGAACCAAUUGAUCACGCUCAUCGCGGAAGACAUGGCAAUAGAGGACACUAUAUAUCAUCUCCACCGUGCGCUGGCGGCGGGGAGGAUGGGCGUGAGCGAGUGGAUGAGGACGACUCGCGUGCUCGCAGAGGAGCAGUUUAUGAAGCGCGCGCUAGUAGAGAAGAUCCUGGCGGGCGUGUAGAUAACAUAACUACCACUCUUAGAUGAAUACCAGAGUCGGCAUCGUGUGACUGCUUUCAUCGUUGC